AUGGCGUCGCUGAUUGAAGAGCCAUAUCACUCGUUUAGAGAGGUCUCACUAUCUGAUGAGGGUGCCUAUGAUGCUCGGGCACUGAGCCGACCCGCUCACUUAUCUGCUAAACCUGCAGUCACGGUCGAAAAACUGAGGGAUAUACUGGAUGAGCUGCGCAGAAAUAUUGCAGCGGACAUUGGCUUGUUCCGGGAAGAAAUCAGAGGAGUGUCGGCUCGCCUGCAAAAUACCGAGCCUAACACUGCCGCACAAGAGACAUGA